GGUUUGACUGCUUGUUUCAGCUGUGUAUGACCCUUCAGCUCAAGGAACGAUGAGGACCAGAGGAAAAUAUCUGUAAAGGUACAUGAUGUAAAGGCUGUGAAGAAGGGCAAAGUGACCCCCUGAAGGACUCAACAUAAAACAGAGGUGCUGGGAUGAAGCUCCAUGAGAAGAUUUUGACCCAUUACCUCUCAUGCACGUCUCCAGUAGAUAAAGAGGGAUAUCUCUACAAAAAGAAAGAGCGAAAUGCCACCUACCAGCGACGGUGGUUCGUCCUGAAAGCAAACCUGCUUUUCUACCAGGAGCGCCCGGCUGACCGGCACCUGCUGGGUGUCAUCGUACUGGAGGGGUGUGCGGUGAGACGCUCAGAGUCUGAUGGACAGUUCGCCUUUUCCCUGGUGUUUGAAGGGCCCGGACUCAAAACCUACAGAUUUUCAGCCGUGGAUCGUCAGAGUCAGGAGAGCUGGGUGAAAGCUUUGCUGUCAGCCAGCCACUGUUACCUCUCCCUGCUGGUGAGAGACUUGGGGCGGCAGUAUGAAGAGGCUAAACAGAGACAAGGCUCUGGUGAGUCCCAUCACAACUCCUCUGUCAGCGCCUUCAAACUGUCCACGACCAGCUUCUUAAUCCCUGUGCAGGAGCCAAGAGCGGUGGUCAGGGAGAGCAGAAGCUUCAGUGCCGGCACUGUUUUACAAGCACCUUCGAUACCCACCAAAGUGGUCGCUAAAAAAUCCCCUAAACUGUGGCCCAGGAGAAAUGCUCUCGUCACACCGCUGAAUGGACCGGCACCUUUGUACGGCGAAUGGCCUCUGGUGGGUUUUGAUCCACUUGAGGACUUCAGAAAACUUCAUGAUUACUACGGCCAGGAAGUGAAGAAAGCGAGAGAGGAGUGGCAGAGGAGUCGGCAAGCUGAGGAGGAGAGGCACAGUGACGAAGAUCUCAUCAACCUGGGCUGAAAAAAGAAAACUGACAGUAAAGAAACUCUGAAAGAGGAACUGGAGUGAUCCAUGUGUGUCAAAGAGGAACUGAACCCGAAGUGUUAUCCUGUAUUUAAGAACAUAGUACUUGAAGCCUGGACACCUGUAAAUGUGCUAAACGUUCCUGUUUUGCAUGAUCAGCUUUGAUCAUUUCUACUUGUGACAGAAAUCUGUACUUUUCCUGGUUUACCUGAGUCACCACAGCCUCACAGUGUCCACAGGAUACGACAAGGCACAAACAGAGCCUGCUGGACAUUAAACAGGGCGCAGAGUGGCCCUUCUACACCAGUUUGACUUUUCACAGUAGGGAAAAACACAAGUGUUAAUGAGAACAUUAAAAAUGACUCUGUUCUAUUUACAUGUCCCUGCAAGACACGGCAGUGACAGCAUGCACCAGGACCAGGAUCCUGGAACUCAAACAGUUAAAUGAAAUUCAGUCAUGAUUUACACAAAUGCACAAACAGUUACCGGGGCAAUUAAAUAGUCACAUGUUGUACAGUUAAUUUGAUUCAUGGUGUAUAUUGAGAAAAGAGUAUUAUAUAUUUUCAUUGCAUGAAAAAAAUAAAAUUGGUCUGCUGA